UGCAUGCGAAUGAGUCUCGUUUCCUCUUCUUUCCUUGCUGCUGUGCUGGAGAUACUGAAGUCCAACACAGGCUCUCAAGUAAAUUUGACAUUUUUAUAGAAGUUCAGUCAUGAUGGAACUUUACAAUUAUGAGGAGACCUGUGAGAUGAAAGUAUUUUGUUGACUGUGGGACUAGCAUUCCUUGGGAGACUUUCAGCAGUCAUAACUGAUCACUCAAUUCUGCAAUGGGAAAUAUUAACGAAGAUCCUUCAACUGUCUUGAAUUCUGACUCUGUAAACAGACUGAUCUAUUUUAUUGUAUUUGUUGCCAACAGUAAUGCAGUAGUUGUUGCGUUAGCAGUGUGUGGUUGGCAGUGGGUUACACUGGAAAUUGUGCCGUUGUUCUCUUUUACCCAGCAGGUAAACUGAGGAAGAAAUGUGCAGAUCUGCUGCCUUUAAGGCAAAGCUUUUACACAAAGUCGCUGCCAGGCAUCUAUUUUUAGGCUUCCCAGCUCUGUGCAUGUAACAUUAGCUACACCAGAAUAAUGUUGGAGGUUAUUGGUAUACAGUCACAGCUUGAAGCUCUGCAGUACAGUAUGGGCUAUGCAGUGUCAUAACCCGUCUGUAUGGAACUGAUUACUUAUGGCUCAAGGGGACUGUGUUCAGACACCUGCUUAUAUGUCACAAGUAUUUCUGUGCUCUGCCUGACCUGAAAGUCAGAGGUCCCAGAGCGUGUGUGAUCACUGAGUAACUUUGUUGUUCAGCUGGUAUCAGUAGAAGCUGCAAAGUCUAAGCAAGAUGGUGGUUUGAGUGUAGUGCUUCAAGGCAGUAGGAAGGAAAAUGAUAGGGCUUGAGAUCAGUUCUGCUUAAUUCAGGCCUUCAUUUCUUUACAGAGCUCAAAAGUGCCCUUCCUGACUUUAACCAGCUUACUUCAUUUAUCUCUUUCUGUUUAUUUAUUUAUAUGCGCGACUUCUAGGCAGAAACUUGUCAUGGCUUGUGCAUGUAAGAAUCCUGCUGACUUCCUUCUGCUCUUCCAGAUUCUCUCUCUAGAGGCAUAUUUUAGUACAAAACCAAGAGAAACUCUAGUUAACUGUUACCAGCUGAGUUAAGAACCACUUGGCUGCAUUACAUCUUAAAAAUAAAUUUUUCAUAGUGCUAGAUGGCACCUUGACUAUUCUUCCCAACCAAUUUGAUCACUUACCUUCAUAAGUGAAAGGGUGCUGAGUGUUGAGUGCCUAGAGGCCACAUUCGCACCUUCCUUCACUUUGCACACCUUCCUUAUAUCUCAGUUGUAUGAGCACCAUGUCCAAUGCAUAAUUUCCAGUACUGUAAGCAACCUCUGAGGUUAGUGUUAUAGUUACACCUGUCAGAAAUGAAGCCAAUUGUUACUCUUAAGAGAAUCUUAAUGGUUCCAACUCAGUGCUUUGGAAGUCAUUGUCAAAUUAUGUGGGUUGAAAGGUGAAGACUGAAUGCUGAUCAGGGAUUCCCUAUAGUGCCUUAUACAUAAAAAAAAAAAAAAAAAAAACUUCUAAUCCUCAGAGCAAUGGGUUUCACCAUGUGAAAUGAAUAGUGCCUUUCUUGUACUAGGGACAGUAUAUCACAUGGACAAAGUGUUCAUAAUGUAAUGCCAAAUUUUCAAGUGUUUAAUACUCCCCAGCUGCAUCUAUAAAUAGUUUAUAGUGUAUUUUGUUCUUUUAAAUAGCCACUUCUCUUGCCACUUCCCCUUAAUUUACUCUUAGUGGCUAGUGGAUGUUUUUGUCUGUACAGGUAUGCUGACAUUUACAUGCAUACAGCAUUCCCACUUAGAUGUCUGCAUGAUUCCAACAAACAAAUGACCUGAAGGGCUGACAAGGAAAGACGUGAACCUGAAUGACUUAGGAUGGUUAAGCAGGUCAGAGCCUUGUCUGGCUGCUGCCCAGUCUGUGCCAAGUAGUUCAGCAGGGCUGAAUUGAAAUCACUGAGCAGCUGCUGAUACACACGUAUGCGCAGAUGUGGUGCAGUUUGGCACUUGUUUAAUUCUGGCCUAUCUCUCUGGAACAUCCUUGCUACCUUAUCAGGCUAGCCCCCUAGCAAGGUCACAGCAGGGCUUUUUUUUCUUAUGAGAUACCAAUUACGUAGGUUCUUGUGGUGAAGCUCAUUACAGAUGUUUUCUGCAAGUGUGAUCUCUAUAUCAUAUGCUUGCGUCCUGUCUUACUCUCCUGCUUGUCAUGAUAUAGUGUCCUAGGAGGAAUGUUUGAAAGAGAUAACAUAAAGAAGGAAACAUCUCGCAAAAUGUAAUAUUCUAUACUCCAUGUUUCACAGAAGUGACAGCUCACCUCAACUGAACCCUUCAGACUGCCGGUUGGGAAGUCCAUUCUUGCAUAAGAACACAAGGCUAAUCCCUGAGCAUACUCAUAAGAGCCUUUUCAUGCCAUUAAUAGUACAUGGUGCUUGAGAUGUUUUUCUGCUUUAUCUCUGCAGGGCCUGUUUUCUAGCAUAUAGAUAUCUGUGCAUACACAAAUGCCUAUACAACAUUAACAUUACGAAUAGUUGCACAAUAUGUACAUUACGUGCACAUAUCUAUAAUGCUAAAUGCAUGCACAUGUCUACUGGAGGUAGACAAAAUCAUGGCUUUUUUUUUAUGCCAAAGCAAUCUGUGCUUUGAGCUGUGCUCAAAGCUGUAUGCUGAACUGUCCUGUUACAUUUUAGCUUGGCGGUAUCUUAGUUAGAACUACUUUUUGUACUUCGAGCUCUUGACAUCCAUUGUGCUGCAGUGGGCCCAUUGUUUCAUCUCCUGGAAGGAGUUUUGCUGUCAGUGAUUUCCAUUCAAAGGACAUUUUUUCAUUCAGCUUUGUCUCAGAAUCAUGAGCUUUAAGAGUAGUGUUUUCUUAUCACACUGAUCUGUAUAACAGGAAGAAAUUCAUUCUGUCUCAGGAAGCAACCUUAUAGUUCAGCCAUUUUGAUUACUUCUUUGACAAGUUUAUUGCUGCAGUGAGAUUUAUUAGUCUCCUGCCCUGUUACAUCCUUAUGCAGGGAACUAUGUUAUUCCUGCCUAAUUUCGCUCACUUAGUGGCUGCUGCCACUUCCUGAAGAAAAAUAUGAAGUAGUCCACAGAACUUCCUGUAAAGCUGUCCUGUUCUGCAUGGGAAAAGUAACUGCCCAGUGAUUGCCUCUGGAAACAGCAGUGAGGUUGCAUGGCCUGAAUGAGCAGCUGUCCUGGGUUUCUGUGCAUUUCCAAAUAUCCCAUGAGCACAUAAUGGAGACAAAGAUAGUUCACCUUCUUUAUCCCAGAAAUCCCAUAGACAUUAAUAGAACCGUUUGUGUGGUUAUUUUCUGAAUUAGCUCUGCUAGUACUUAUUUUCACCUAAUUUAGAAAAUGUUCUGAGGUCAUGUAACAGCAGUGCAGUAUAAUUGCUGGAUAUUAGUAGUGUAACUUGUUCAGUAAGUGGUAGAAGGUUGAGAACAGUCACAGUUUCUUAAUCUAAGCAAAAUGGCUCCAAAUCUGUCUCACUGCAAUAUUUCAAAUGACUGUCAAAUAGAAGAAAAUCUGCAUUUCCAAGUUGCUACCUCUUGGAUUUCUACAUGUCUGUGGAGGCCAGUUUUUGAUGUCGAUUGAGAGUGAAGAAUCUAUGAGAAAAUCAUGUGUUUUCCAAGCAGCCCAGUGCUAUCUUCACUCUCAUCUGAAGCUAUGCUAUAUAAUGAAAAGGGAUGGAGCUACAUCUGUAUCUCCUGAGUUAGAGUAAUACUGAACUCAAAAGUAAGAGAGUUAAUUCUGAGGUGAUCAAAUAUGGAUCAGAAUUUUCCCAUCCCUCAAAAAAAGAAAAGAGCUGGGCUUCUGUUUUCAGUGGGGCCUGAACUGAUGUUUCUGUCACAUGGAUGGGGUGGGGAAGUUCCUAGUGGAAAUGUUGCUCUGAUGCUCCAGGAGUUUUUGCUUUACAAAAGCCAUACUCAUGGUUUAAAACAAACAAACAAAAAAACUUUUAUACUGAAGAAAAGAAGUUCCAGUAUCUUCACGUUUAUGUUUUAAAUUUUACUUCUUUGGAAAGUCUGGAAAAUAUUAAGGAAAAAUAACUGCUUAAUGGAGGCUAGAACAAGAAGGCCUGAUGUGUAACUAAGACUGUUGAAUUUGUAUUCAUUCACACUAAUCUAAUUAUUACUUUCUUUGAAUGCUCUGCUGUGAGACAAAAUAAGCUAGUGCUGGAUUUGAGAACCACAGAGUGAGAAAAUGCUGCAAGGAGGAGCACUGGAUGGAAUCUACAGGUUGGUGCAGUUUCACAUUCACUGGGGAUCCUGUGAGGGCCAGGGCUCUGAGCACACUGUGGAUGGCGUGAAGUAUGAUGCUGAGCUUCAUAUUGUUCACUGGAAUGUAAAAUAUGGCAAAUUUGCUGAAGCUGUGAAGCAUCCUGAUGGUUUGGCUGUGGUAGGCAUCUUGAUGAAGGUAGGGAAUGCCAAACCUGAAAUACAGAAAGUUGUUGAUGCUCUGAACUCCAUUCAAACCAAGGGGAAACAAGCUUCUUUCACAAACUUUGACCCUACUGGACUGCUGCCUGCAUGCAGAGACUAUUGGACAUACCCUGGCUCCCUGACCACUCCACCACUGAAUGAAUGUGUGAUCUGGCAUGUUCUGAAAGAACCCAUCACUGUCAGCUCUGAGCAGAUGUGCAAACUCCGUGGCCUUUGCUUCAGUGCUGAGAAUGAGCCGGUGUGCCGCAUGGUGGACAACUGGCGCCCAUGCCAGCCUCUGAAGAGCAGGGAAGUCAGAGCUUCCUUCCAGUAACCUCAGCGAUGCGAGUGAUAGAAACUGCUGUGUUUGUGAGGAACCCUUUUUGCUAAGCACAAUUCAAACCUUUGCCAUGUGUGUCCUGGCAACAUCUUGUCUCCCAUAUUCGCUCUCUCUUUCAUUCUAUAUCUAAAAUGCCAGCUAAUUAAAUGUGAAAGGCUCUUGGCCAAACAGGAAGGGGUUCUUAAUGUUUGGAGCUGAGGCGGGGCUGUGUGCAUUUUGAUGACUUGCUGUGACUGACAUUUUGGUGUGACAAACAAUAUAUUGGCUGUUUGGGAGAGCACAUGGUGAUAGCAAAAUAAGCCAUUCUAAGAAACCUCAUCCACUGGUGUGAUAGUACAUAUAACUAAUGAUAACUUGAAGCUUUGUCAAAAGCACAGGAAUACAAAAUAUAGGUAUAGUAUAGGAAAAAAAAAAAAGUAUAUUGAGAAGGAAAAGUAAAAUUGAAUACUGAGAAUUAGUCUUAGAUGUUAAGAAACUGACAUGUAAAUAUUUUGAAGACCAUUUUACAUUUUUACCCAUACUGUCAACAACCUUGAUUAUGUCUUCAUGGUAGUGUGUUGGAUUUUUUUAAUUAAAAAUGUCCUAAAUUAAGUAUUAUCUUUUAAAAUUGUUACCACAGAGUACAAAGUAUCUUUUCACUGAAAUAAUAUAUGCUCUAAUUUAAGGGGGAAAUAAAAUUGUAUUUUAGAUAACUUCUCUAAUAAAUCUAUACUUAUA